AGGAUCCAGUUGCGACUCCCACUCCAGAUCCCAGAACUAUGCUUAAUAUCACGAUGGUUGAGAUGUUUGUGGCAGUUCGUCCUUGUGCGCAGGACACACACUGUUAGUAUUGACUAGUUGUUUAAGUUCGUCGAGAUUAGACUUGUAAUGCGACAAUUGUUUCCCAACCAGUAUCCGUGUGCAUGCUAGAAAAAAAUGUACAUUAUAACGAUUGUGAUUGUCACCCUCUUACAUUUUCGACAUACUCAUGAAUCGCUAUACAUGCAACAGUAUUUUCAGAAAUUGAGAAAGCUAUAUUAUAAUCAGAUAAGAUCAUGGCUACGGUGAGUGUAAACGUGUGUUGAACUAGAACCGCGCCCCUUUUGCUUGCCAUCUCAUUCGUCCUCUGGUCGACACCGCUGCGCAUCCAUUGGGACUUGAAAGUUGAAAGGUGGUUUCUCGUGUGACAUCGCGGUUACUUAUCACUUCCGAAGGUGAAAAGACAGCUCAAUAUCCUAACCGACGUCAGUCCCUAAUCACUCCGACUACGAACCUGUAAAAACAAAACAAUGGCCCCUUCUUCAGCUGGGAAACGAGAAUAGCAGCACGAAAAUUCCUGCUGCCUCCCCACCAAUAGCUACAAAUACGAGGACGAUUGGCAUCUUGAAAAACAAGAAUUUAUGUUGGCUCCGACUGCAAGUUCUUGAAGUCGUGAUGAACAAUUUUACGUCGAAUUUGCAGAAGAACCGCGAGUUCACGAACUUUCAGGCCGUCCGGUGUGAGCUGCAUUGCGGGAAGCUGAUUUUGGGAAUCAAGGAACUAACCCAACACUAUUAAGGCUUCCUCUUAUCUACUAUCUCUUUCCCUAACACUAUUAAGGCUUCCUCUUACUUAUCUACUAUCUCUUUCCCUAACACUAUUAAGGCUUCCUCUUACUUAUCUACUUCCUCUUAUCUACUAUCUCAAUCUCUUUCGGUAUCGGUAAACACUAUUAAGGCUUCCUCUUAUCUACUAAUACUAUCUCUUUCGGUAUCGCUUUCUUAUCUACUACUCUUAUCUACUAUCUCAAUCUCUAUCUCUUUCGGUAGGGAUCCCUGCUCUACCUACGUACCGCAUACUUACAAGGGAUAUAAUUUAGGCUUGAGAAAUCGAAAUCCCCAGCACAGUAGAGAGGAAUUGAGGGAAGCUCUAACGCUACAAAUACGAAUGUCCGUGUCGUCCGUUGACGUGUCCAAAUGUGUGCGGAUGGAAAGGUCAAGCGCAGCAUCUAGAAGCGCAUCUGGCAGAAUGCAUUGUGGACGAACGUACUCGAUUGCUUUGUAGAAAAGUAGGUGAAGCUGAGGUUCCCAGCAGCACUUAAAAAUUCUUACUCUACCACUUGCUCUUUGAUGAUUUCGACAAUUUCAUCUCACACGCUAGUUUAUUGAUACCAUCCAAAGAAAAGUUAAAGUACUUAACUCGGUCGUUUUAUACUCCCACCAAUCCAGCCAUUCGCUCUCUCGGUUCGAUUCUCACCACGGUCCAAGCACCUUUCGAGCUGCAGGAAAAACUAAGCGGAAUAGCGGACCUGAGAAGAAAACUGCGAGAACAACAACUGCCCAAAGAUGCAAGUCAAGAACUUCGAAGGCUUACCGAGCAAACUCAAAAAACCACCCAAAUCGAAAAAGAUGCAGCCGUGCUUGAAAGGCGGUUGUCGGCUAUUGUCAAGGAGAAAGCGGAGCACGUGUUGCAGUUGCUGACGACGAGGUACUAAGUCAUAUUCUCGUCAGUCAGUUUUCUUGUAUGUCAAGAACGCACCUGAUUUCGACUUGGAGACGUUUUCUUUUUUCGCUAGUAUUAGUAAUAGCUGUGUCUAAGUGUUAGUGGCGUUUUAGUUUAUUUACCAGUGCGUUGGUACACCUACGUAAAAAACACAAAUUUCAUUGACCAGAUGCGCCGCCGACAACCUCGGAGACGCUUCCAAGGAUCGAAUGGAGAUGUGUUGGCGCGUCUGGGAACAGUAUGACGUUUGCCGGAAACUUGACUCGGACCGCGAUACGUUAAGACCUUCAGAACAAGUCCUAUUGCGUUUCGCUGAUUUCGAGCUGGCUACUGUUAAGGCUUCCCCUAAUCCAUCUCCAAAAGCAUCCGACAGCUGCUGCCUACACGGAAAACAGACCCGAGAUGAGUCUCAAGAUGGAGUAGGUGGCUGAGCUCUAAGACUAGGGUAGAGCGACAAGAUGUUCCGCGGAUAGGGAGGGCAGUGGACUUCAUUCAAAAGAAUUAUCAAUACAUACCGGACGAUCCGCAAACAAGCGAACAGAAAAAUGGUAAAAAGAAAUUGAAUUUCUAUUUCAAAUGAAAUUGAAAGUGAAGAUGCUACCUUAAUUUCUUGGAGUGCUCGGCUAUGAUGAAUUAAGUAGUAAUAGUAUGUUCAGUACUGAAUCUCCACCUCCGCCCUCCACUCAACAACCUCUCAAACUACUCAACAAACUCUCGACUGCCCUCAACAACCGCCAGAUACCCUCCUCGGUUUGGCGUCUAUUCUGCACGAAAAGAAGGUGCUGCAAUUGCGGCAAUACAAAACGUAUCAUAAAUGGUUCCUGGACCUCUGUUGCCAGCCUUAUUCAAAGGAGAUGGCUUCCCGCGUAUGCCAAUGCCUUGAGGACUGUUUUUAUGGUGGUAAGAAAUAACAGGACUAGCGGAAAAAUGUGGGCUUGUUUAUCAUGUUCGGAAGUCGUGUCGUCCUCGAUCAUUAUGGUUGCGAUCUUCUUCGUGUAAAAGACCACCUCCUGCCUCAUGAUCUUGUCAAAAAUGAAAAUGUUUUAUUCAAAGGUAGUUGUAUGUGUAUCCAUACCCACAUCAUUCUCUCCUUGAGAACACUUUCUAACAUCCGGUGAAUCCGAACCUCAGUGAUCCGCACACACGAGUCACGCCGCUCAUCGCCGUUUGCAAAAGGGGGUACCAAUAUCUAAGAAUGAGAACCUCCUCCACGUAGGCUUCAGGGACGGGCCAUACUGUUUUCUAGAAAGCUAGUACCGCUGCGGUUCCUCUAUUUAUAUUAUAUCAGAGCAGUUUAUAGCACGCAUGGUGCAUAAGCAUAAAGUAGCAUGGAGUGCAAGAAGAGCCCCCUUUAGCUCCAUGCAACUCCAUGCGAUCCAUGCACUCCAUACCAUGCGAGCCGGCAAACCUUAUAUAUAAAUUACUCUGUUAUAUGACUCACUUCCACAAAAGGUUGACUCGCCUCUUCUUCUUUAGGUACUCCGACCUCGUCGAAGAAUUUCUCUAUGUCGACACCGACGCUGCAGCGCAAGCCUUAGAUGGCAAGAGUGCUCUACAUCUCGUGUGCGAGCGACGAGAUGGCAAAUCCCUUGAACGAUUUUGCGCAACAACCAAAUACAAAGAGCGCAAUGUCUCGCAGCUGGUUAAUAUCCGGGAUAAAGGAGGCAGGACACCCUUGAUGCUCUAUUUUAAGGCUUACCCUACUCGAUUCAUCUCCAGAAAUAUCCUCCUGAAUAGCUUUUUCAAGGGAACAAGGAUGGCAGGAUCAUGCUUCUACUCAAGAUGGAUUUUCACGGUGAGCUCUAAUCAGUGUCGACAUGUAGUACCAGGGCCAGAAUUCUUGAAGGACGUGCAAAAAGUGGUGGAGUCUGGAUGUCGAGGGCCACUUACUCCCGAAGACAUCUUGGGCGUGCGUGAUAAGAAUAGACAGACAGUCUUGCAUCACCUCUUGGUAAACAACGUAAACUGCAAGGACCACAAAAGCUUGAUUGAGGUACUUCUACUUCCUUAUGUUUUAAUAUCAACAUUAUCACAAUCACCCUCACAACUGUCUCUGCAUGAUGCUUUUACUUACUCGUUACAACUUGUAGUUCAUCCUUGAAUUUGUAAAUCGAUGCCAGUUGAUUUCACAUUCUUUCAAGCACAUUAAUUCCGCCUUAGUUCAAUUGAUUUCACAUUCUUUCAAGCACAUUAAUUCCGCCUUAGUUAUCCAUCACAACUACCACCACGCCACCCACCAGGUAAUCCUCUACCUCCUCGAGAACGGUUUGCAUGCAACGAGAGUGCGGGAUAUUCAUGAAUUGAACGGGAUUCUGAUGGUGUGCAAACUGAGAUAUCCUGUCACAGUUAUUCGAGCAGUGUUGUCCACCAUAUCGACCGAGACUGAGGCCGAAAAAGCUGAACUCUUAAGAGGCGACGACAUUGGCAAAAACUGCAUUGAGUGUUAAGGCCGAACAAUGUAUCGUCUUAGCGCUGUAGGUAAUAGCCCAAUCAUCACCGUAGGUGAUGAACCAAUCCAAGCGAAGAGCUUCUAGCUUCUAGAAAGUUGAGUCUUCAUCGUGGUGACUACUUGCUCAUGUUUUUUCAUGCGGUAUAUUAUACUCGUCAACCAGUACAUUAUACUAUGAGUUGUUCUUUCUUCAUACGGUAUCUAUAAGUCUUUUUUCACGUACUUUCCCUAGUGUUGCUACUGGUAGUAAGUAUCUCUUGAAGAGACUGGUACUGGUUGCAGUACCGAUCAUGAGUUACGCUGAACCUGAACGACUUCUCGUUCUCUAAUUCCCGGUCCGUCAUUGGGGCACGCGCGGCACAGAGUGGAGAAAGUGGGCGGCGGAGAGCGAAAAGCUUUUGAUGGACGCUGGCCAUCCCAAGGUGUGGGAUGUGGACGUUCGCAGACUGGGUUUGCGGAACAAUGCUUUGGAAUUUGCAGAUCCGAAAUAUCAUGGCAUAUUUGAGAUGAUUUAACUUUAUAUAUAAGUUAAGUACAUGUUGCAGUGUUGGUUACUACGAUGUCGUGGUUGUGUUGGAGCUUCACCAAGGAAGUCCUAGUGAUGCACUUGAAGAACCUCUAAUCUCUUCAAGUGAUCAAGACCUACGACGAACUUCGCGACGAGGCUAUUAUUGCGUCUUUGCAACCGCUGGAGGCAAGUGAGGUGGAGGAGGAAACGCCAAAAGACGACCCCACCUCUGCCACGGCAGAGGAAGCAACAGCAACUUCAGCGGAAGAGAAAAAUGGUGCAGGUGGUUCUGAAGGAGCGCAGCCAGGUGGAGCUGGAGGUGCUGGAGAUAAGGUGGAAAACAAGACUUCAUCAGAUAAUACUAACACAGGCGACAUCAGAGCCUCUGCUACAGAAGACGGAGCUACCACUGCAGGAGCAACAGAGUCAGAAGACGUGAAAGGAGCGAAAAGCAAGGCAGCAAAAGGUAAACGGCGUGGAUCAGUUACUGGUAAAGACAGUCCUGGUCUUAUGGCCGAAAAUGAUGAUCUACAUCUACUUACUUUUACAACUAGUACUAAUAUGGCCGAAAACUGAUGAUCUACAUCUACUUACUUUUACAACUAGUACUAAUAUGGCCGAAAACAAUGAUGAUCUACAUCUAAUUACUUGUACAACUAGUACUAUGGCCGAAAACAAUGAUGAUCUACAUCUACUCACUUGUACAACUAGUACUACUUCUUCUUUCCUAUCUACAAUAGGCACAGGAGCUGUUGCUGUAGCUGUUCUUCUUGUUAAAGUGAACGACCUACUAAGAUGAAAAGGAGAACAAAUAUGAUUAAAAACAGUGCAUAUCCGUCGAACUGACUGGGUGCAUCAUCGUCAUCAACAUCAUCAUCAUCAUCAUCAUCAUCAUCAUCAUCAUCAUCAUAAAGCUCUUCUUCUAACCUCCCCAAAAAGAAAGGGGACACGAAAAAGAAGGGUAAGAAAGGAGACAAGGACGUUGAAGAGGAAGAGGACGUUGCGGACCAACCGCAGUAUGCACAGGAACCAGAGGAGGAUGAAAUUGUUGUGUGGCUCUAGCCUCAUUGCUUGUAAUAUUGAGUUUUUCUCCUACUUCCACUUCUUCAUCUGCAUAAGUAAAUGCAUAUUAAAACGAACCAUCGGAGCACUGAAUGAACGCAAACUUCUACCUGCUCUUCUUGAUUCGACGCGGAUAGUUAUGCCACGGUGUGCUAAUGAAAAAGCAGAAGAAGCAGGAAGAUCUACUGCACAGUCAACAAACAUGAUUCGAGCCAGAAAUCAGCUGCACAGAAAAUGAAAAAACCACCACCUUCCAUGAUGGAACAAAUAUCACUCCUUUCAGCAUGCACUGCAGCUCAGAGAAAACUCUUGUCAUUAUUGCACAGCCAUAGUACUACUCGCCAAUAAAUGCUCCACAGCCUCCUGCUCCUCCUCACAUCUUAUCAACAUCGCUUAUCGGGAAUCAUCACUGACUACGAUCUGACGCGAUCCCUUUUUCGCAUAUAUGAUGAAAAGACGCUAUUCAU